AUUCGCACUGCUAUUCAAAUAAAGUCAUUUUCAUUCGUUGCGUUCACACUGUUGCACAGAAAUUCAAUAGUUUUGUGAGUGACUGAAUUAAGGGUAAUUUUAUUUAAAGAUGGAUUUAGUUUGUGUUGACGAUUUUGAAGUGCAUGCGAGGAAUAUCUUGCCUAAAAAUGCAUUGGAUUAUUAUAAAAGUGGCGCAGGUCAGGAAACAACUUUGGACAACAACCGAAAAGCUUUUUCUAAAUUGCGACUUCGUCCGAGAUGUUUAACAAACGUAAAUUCUCGUGAUUUAACUACAACUAUUCUUGGAAGAAAAAUUGCUAUUCCUGUAGGCAUUUCACCAACAGCCAUGCAACGUAUGGCUCAUGCUGAUGGUGAACUUGCAAAUGUAAAAGCUGCUGAGAAACAUAACACUGUGUUUAUUCUCUCGACAAUUGCGACUUCCAGCAUUGAGGAAGUUGCUGCAGCUGCCCCUCAUGCUAUAAAAUGGUUCCAAUUGUAUAUUUAUAAUGACAGAGAAGUAACACUAGGUUUAAUAAAACGCGCUGAACAAGCUGGUUUUAAGGCUUUAGUUCUGACUGUAGACACACCUUUCUUUGGAAUUCGUUAUGCCGAUAUGAGGAAUAAGUUUACCCUUCCACCGCAUCUGAAACUUGCAAAUUUUCAAGGCGAGAAAGCUUCGAAAAUUAACGAAACUAAGGACGGUAUAUCUGGUUUGAAUAACUAUGUUAACGGAUUGUUUGAUGCCUCGUUGACCUGGAAAGAUGUUGAAUGGUUAAUGCGUGUUACUAAACUACCAAUUGUACUCAAAGGAAUUUUGACAAAAGAAGACGCGAACAUGGCGUGCGAUUUGGGGGUUGCUGGAAUAAUUGUAUCUAAUCAUGGUGCCCGACAGGUUGACGGAACACCAGCGUCGAUUGAAGCUUUGCCGGAAAUAAUUACUGAAGUUGAAAAAUCUGGUAAAAACGUAGAAGUAUAUUUAGAUGGCGGAAUUCGUGAUGGUACUGAUGUUUUCAAAGCGUUGGCGCUAGGGGCAAAAAUGGUGUUUAUGGGUCGUCCUGCUCUAUGGGGGUUGGCACACAGUGGACAAAAAGGCGUUGAACGUAUUUUGGAUAUUUUAAAAAUGGAGUUUGAUUCGACAAUGGCUGUGUGUGGUUGUUCGUCUGCAGCUGAUAUUACCAAAGAUAAAAUAACUCAUGAAUCUACUUAUAGUAAGCUAUAAAUUACCAAUAAUACAUAAAUAAACUUGAUAAAAAAUGGCGACUUCCUUUUAAAUUUUGCGCCUUUUAUAUAGUUUCGUUUUUAUUUUAGUUGGUUAACUUUAGGAAGUCCCUAAAUUUUAUCACACAAAUUUUACGAUUAUGUUUAGUUGUUAUGAAUUAAAUAUAUAUUAUUUUGUACUAUAUUAAAAUUAAAAAUAUAAAGUUUUUCUGCAUUAAUAAUUAAAA